AAAAUGAAUAGCCAGAUCUUUGCAGUGGGUGCUCGGGUUUAUGUUCUUUGAAACUUGUUAGUUGGCUGUUGCUCUUGCCUAAAAGGAAUGUGGCUGCCUCCUUCCCUCCCUGCUAACCCUUCUAGAUUUCCCUCAAAACCUUUCUGCUCUGGUAGGCGCACAAGUAUCUGCCCUCAAAGUUAAAAAUGCCACAAAUUUUAAAUCACUCAAACCUUAAACAACGACCAUGAGAACUCCCUUUACAAUUAAGCUAAAUACUGCAUCUGACACUUUUGUUCACGUCAAUGGAUAAAAUUGUUUUGAAUUGGUUUGCUUUCUAGAGACAUAAACUCAGAGGGAACUUGGCCUUGGAGCUAGACAAGUCUGGCUUGGAUCUCUCUAGAUCUGCUCGUGCUGUGACCUUGGACAAGUUAGAUGGCCUCUCUGUGCCUCCCUUUCUUUAUCUUAAACGGGGCUGAUAAUAUUUACCUGGGGUAUCUACCCCGACUAUGAAGAUUCAAUGCAAGUAGUGUAAACGCCCACUGCUCUUUCUGGCCCAGGCUGGGCAUCCAAUAAAUGCUGCAUCCUUCUCCUCCACCCACUUCCUUGUCAAAGUAAAGACCUGAUAAAGGAUUUAAAUGUUCCUUUGAGACAUUUACAUUCAUUGAAACAGAAAGGAGCUUAGGUUCUCGAUGUGUCCAGCCCUUUUUAUUAUCUGGGGCUUUUGCAAGUCCCUGACUUGAGAAACGUGAUCCUCCUGCUGCUUGGGGUCCAAAUAGUUCAGGUUGAUGGUUUUUUAUUUUUUUCCCUGUUGAAAGAAGUCAGUUGUGGCUGUGCGGUCGCGGUGCACUGGGAUGCUGCUUUCACAAGGCCAGGAAAGAGUUUUCUGUGGGGGGCUUCCGAAAGGGUCUGUCCCUAGGCCUGUGCAGUAUGGUGGAAGGAAUAUUGUGGCCUUGGGGGCUGGUGCCCUGGGGAGGCGGGGUGUCCAUAGCGAGCUUUGCUCUAGUCCUGGUCUACAUAGGGAGCUCCAUGAUGUGUGAAUGUGGUGCCUUCCUGGGUGCACAGGAGCGAGGCUCCCCAUCUACAGGAAAGGGAACCCUGAGGGUUGUUAGGAGACCCCCAGUCCCAGUAGGACAGGGGAGGGGCUAAGCAAUUGCUUGCAUGUCACCCCCCCCCUCCCCGCAUACUUGACAGGAUGAGUCUGGGGCGGUCAGUGUGGAUGGGGACAUGCUCUUUAACCCAUACCUGAGAGGGGUGCAUGAGCGGGGUGCCUGGGACAAUGCCCACUACCGUUUAUUGUCUACCUGUUGUUAGCUCCUUGUAGGUACUCGGGCAGACAUCACUUCCCAUCCUAAGGAUCCAGAGGACCCAGGAAUCCCUUGUCCCGUUGGGUGGAAUGGGAUAAAUAAUCACUUCUUAGAUAACAGAGACUCCAGGUGGUGAGAUGAUCCUGCCAGGGCCCCACAGCGAGUGAGUGUGGACCCCAGGCUUUGGGUGAAUCUAUUGGUGCAUCAAAGAUUUACCAUGGAUGCCUCCACUUUCCUGAGUCAGAAGGGUCUUUAUGGAAUACUGUGGGGCCUUCUUCUUUCCUGAACCUGCCAUUUAGUUCAAUUUGUAAGGACAUUACUGGUUGAUGGUGUUUGCCCCAACUCGUGCACACCUAGCCCCCUAAGGCUACAUGAAGAAAAGUCACAGGCAGCUAAAAAGUUCCAAUAGCGGCUACUUUAUGAUUUUUCUAGAAUGGCUUCUGUGGGUAUGUAGUUUAUUGGUAAGAAGCUAACCUUCUCUGCUGCCCAGGAGCUGGGAAGGAAACCAAGUCCCAGUCAGUGACCAGGCUAAGCCAUGUGACCUGAGCGCGGGACCAGAGGGGCUGGUCUGGUAUUGGCCCCUUGGUUUAUAAGCCCCCUCAGUGGCAGGCCAUCUUUGAAUGUGGUUUUCCUGGAACCUGCCCAGCAUUAGCUUUUGGGUUGUCACUUUGACAGGAUGUCAGACUCUUAGCAUUUCUGGUUUGUGUAGACCCAAGUACCUUGAACUUCUGCACCGUGUGAUCCAGUGGUCACGGGAAUGACAGGCCCAAGCCCCCCAGCCCUUCUAAGUAUCUUGGAUGGUUUAAAAAAAAAAAAAGGAAAGGAAAGGAAAAUUCAAGAAUGAAAGGACAGAGGCAGCAGCUUCUGUUCUUCCUCUUGCGUGGCCAGGGAAGGGUGCCCCAAGAAAAGAGGCUGGAGAGUGGAGCCGUUAUUAUCAUUAAAAACAAUUUUUAUACCCAGCCCACUCUUCUUCCCACCCUCCUUCGCCUGUGGUAACCUCAUUUUGGCUUCCAGUGUCUAAUGGAUAAUUUGUUUUGUUCAUUCGCCUGCUUUGAUUUCUUAUAUUGCACCUAUAAAACCAGUCAGUGAAUAAUCAGCCAGCAUUUGUCUUUAUCUUUCUGAUUUUGCUUUGCAUCAUCCCCUGUUCCUUCCAUUUUGCUGUAACUGAGAAAAUGUCACCUUUUUUUAAGGCUGGAUAGUAUUCCAUUGUGCAUAUAUAUCACGCCUUAUGUGGGUUCCAUGCCUUAGCUGGUGGGCAUAAUGCUGCACUGGGGUGCAUAUAACCCCGCGAGGUAAUGACUUCAUGACGUGAUCUUUGGAUGGAGCCCUAGACUGAUUGCUGGGCCAGGCUGUUGUUCUACUUGUAGUUUUCUGAGGAAUGCAACAAUUCACAUCCCCAUCAACAGUGUGUAAGCGUUGAGCUCCCUCCACAGCCUCUCCAACAUCCUCUCCAACACUUGCUGUUAGCAGUCAUUUUAAUGUGAGCCAUUCUCAUUGGUGGGAGAUGAUAUCUUAUGGUGGUUUUGAUUUGCAUUUCCCUGUUAAGGCUAUGAACAUAUGUCCAUUGGCUAUCUGUAUUUCCUCGCUGCAAAACUGUCUAUUCAGAUCUGCCCACUUUUAAAUCGGGUUGUUUUUCCCUUGCUAAAUUGGAGGACUUCUUUAUAUACCUUGAAUAUUAACCCCUUCUCUGAUGUGUGAAUUGCAAAUAUCUUCUCCCAUUCAGUGAGGUAUCUUUUUAGUCUGCUGAUAUUUUCUUUCAUUAUGCAAAAGCUUUUUAACUGGCUCUAAUCCCAAUUGUUUAUUUUUUGCUUUAUUUACCUCCUCUUCGGGGUAGAGUCCCCAAAGACAGCUCAAUGAUUGAUGUCAUGGGACCCAUCACCAGUGUGUCUGAAAGGGAUUCGGCCAUCCCCCAGGGGCCAGCAUGCUGGAGUGACCCGAGCCAGGAAGGUGGGUGUGAGAUGAGACUGGAGAAGUGGGUAGGAGGGCUGCUGGGUACCCUGUUAAGCUUUUGCUGGGUGCUUGCACUCAGCAUCUUCCCCAGGCUGGGCCGCAAGGAAUAGGGAUCCAUCUUGAUUCUUCAGCAAAUCAAGUGAAUUGACUUGGUCAGUAUCAAGAUAUGCUGGGUAGGUGGCUCUGAGCCCUGUUUGGCAGUUGUCAAGGACUUGUCAGUUGGUCGGGGGCAGCUCGGUCAGCCCCCAGCCCCUACUUGAGCUGGCCAUGUCAGCCUGCUCUUUUGCCAGGCCAACAAGGAGGCAGGGAGGUGAUUUGAGAACCAGGGUUGCUGGGUGGACCUGGGCUGAGUAGUGACACCCAUUUUGUCCCCUUUUGGGGGCCUUGCCUGGGGACCCUGAGAUGCAGCCAACGCUCCCUCUAGUCCCUGAUGUGACAGGGAUGCAUAGUCUUGGUUUCAAAAAGGGAUCAGGUAAGCUGUACCCGCUCUGUGCAAAGGUACAUGGCAGCCUUGGGAAGGCGCACAGCCUUUCCAAGACCCAAGAUCAUGUGCUGGGGGUCUGGAAAGUGCCUUUGUUGACUUUUCAAGCUUCUUUUCCAGCAGCUUUUACCUCUGCAAAUAUGUUGCUUAGGGCAGGGGAGAAAGGUUAACCUCAUGGCGCCUAUCGUAAUUUGGAAUUUCCUGAAUUAAUGUGGCUUCAGGCCUCUGGCGCUGGAUCCCCCAAAGGGGAUCUUUUCUUUUCUCUGCAAAUCACCAGAGAAAAGUGAUCCACUGGCUUCCACUAGCCUUUCUGAGUCCUGCGGGGCAAAACCAGCUGGGAAUGUGCCCGCCCACCUCCUGGGCACUCUGCCCCCUCCUGUUUUAGGCAAUCCUCUCCAAGAGGUCAUUCCAUCCAGCUGCUUGCUAAAGACCCCUCGGGCUACGAAUCUGUGCCUUGGUCUGAACGGGAUUUUAGCCUGGCCAGGCCCGAACUUGCUGAGCCUGGGCUGCCAGAUCAAACCCAUUCAAAUGAGGAGGGCCAUCUGUUUCUCAGUAUCCAGCUGCUGUCCCUUCAUUUGCAAAUGGUCGGGAUGCUGCUGGGGCGUGGGGGUGGCCAGUCCGGGGACACAUCUGCAGGCUCUGAACCUGUGUUGGAACUGGGGUCCUGCUGAGACAAGAAAGGCCGAGCCCUUUAAGUAAACUUGCUGAACAAUCGCCCCCAAAAGGCCCCCAGUUGAAAAAGCAGGAGGCAGUCUUGCCCCCCUACCAUGACUCUUAACCCCCCUACCACCUUUCCUUUUCCCUUUUCUUUGGUGGCUGGGGCCACUUUAAAAGUAUUUGUGUGUUCAGAAGGAUAAUUGAGGGAGGGACCUGUUCCGCGGGCUUGGGGAAAAUGUCAAGUAGGAUUUGGACAUAGAUCUGACCUUUAAGGGACAAAUGCACCAUUUAGUGAUUAUUUAUAUCGGAGUCAGGAGGCCAGCUGCUCCCAGCAGCAGCUUCUAGGAGCUGUAGGUAACCCCAUGUGCAGAGAAGUGGCGGUCCCCAAACACUUGCUUCUGGAAAGUAGUCAGACUGCUGGCUUUGGGGUGUGCUGUCUGCAGAGCAGGCCCGUUACCCACUCAGUGUGGCUGAGGUCCUCAAGCUUGUGAGCUGGGUUUGCCCCAUGUCUGGGCCCCUUGCCGGAGGGUUUGGAGUCCGGGGUUGGUCCUGGACUGCUCAGGGCUUGUGCUAAGUCAGUCCUGAGCUCUUCUCAAGGAAGUGCUGUGGCGGGUUUGCCCCACAUAUAAAUAUCAGGUGUCUCAAAUUUUUGGAUGUCUAAUAGAUGGUAUUGUAACAAGCCUCUUUCCUUGCUAAAAUUCUCAAGCAGGUGUUGUACAUGGGUGUUGAUGAUAACGACUCACAAGAUUCUCGGAUGUUUAAUUCCAUUUGGGAACAUUCCAGAAAUCUCCACUUAGGUAACUGACCUUUAUAUGAUGUGACAGAUUUGUUCAUUUGAAAGAAAACCCAGUUUGUAACUCAGGGGAAUGCAGAUUGAGGCUCCCCUAUAAUUGGAAGAAACAAAUUUUUAGUCACUUACCUGCAAGCUAAGCAGCCCAUGGGCCAGGCAACCCCCGGCCCCAAGGCCCCAAAGCAAGGAGAGCUUGCUUUCACACAUUCCCCCCGCCACUUAGAGUUCUCCCCCCAACAUCCCUUCCCCCCCUUAGAGUUUACCAGGACUUUUCCAGACAGCUUCUGGCUUUGUCCUUGUGGUGACCUUGACCAGCAGCAGGCUGGUGGGAGAUGCUCUGGCCCUGACAGCAGAUGCUGGCUGGGGCCGUCCCUGGGAAGGGCCUGGCUCUUCCUCUGCAGAAGCGGGUCUCAGUUGCUUGUCCUUGGACUCAAUCCAGUUUCUGACUUGUGACCCUGGGACCAGCAGCACCAGCUUUACCUGGAGACUUGGGGAAUCCAGACCCUCAGUCUUGACCCCAUGUCUGCUGACCAGAAACUUCAGGUCUGGGCCCUGUAGGGUAAGGAAAAAAAUGUCAGGCUUUUCUGCCCUCCCGCCAUCAGGAUAGAUGACGGAUCCCUGCGGACCUGAAUGCAUGCCUGAUGGCGGCUCCUGGAGCAGGGUGUGGGCCUAGGGAGAUGGGAUUCACCUGGGCUGAGACUGCGCUUUUAAGGGCGGCAUCACGGGGACGCCAGCAGAAGCCGAGAAAGAAGCCAAGAACGAACGGAAGCCGAGAGAAGAAGAGAAGCAGAGAGAACACCAGAGAGCCCAGAUAGAGUGAGGAUUUGCUGGGGGCUGGGAGGCCUGCCAGCCUCCCGGCCCCCCAGCACCCCUGCCUGCCGUGUACCCGGUAAAUCCCAAUAAAAGCCUGCAAAGCCAUUGAGGACUCCAGGACUCCUCCAGGACCCCGUCUGCUGGAUCAGAAACCCUCUCAGUGGUCUUCCCGCCCCUACAGCCCCUAGAGGCUGUUUUCUAAAUGUCCAAGUGUCUCUAUGCGGAGAAUCAAGAGCCACCAAGCAAAUACCAAAUCUCCCAACCAGAAGCAUACGUGGCCGCCCCGGGGGAGUCGCUAGAGUUGCGCUGCCUUUUGAGAGAUGCCACCCCGAUCAGUUGGACUAAAGAUGGGGUGCACUUGGGGCCCAACAAUAGGACAGUGCUUAUUGGGGAAUACUUGCAGAUAAAAGGUGCCACGCCUAGAGACUCCGGCCUCUAUGCUUGCACUGCCGCUAGGACUCUAGACAGCGAGACUGUCUACUUCACGGUGAAUGUCACAGAUGCCAUCUCGUCCGGAGAUGAUGAGGAUGACAGUGAUGGCUCCGAGGAUUUUGUCAGUGAGAACAGUAACAACAAGAGAGCACCCUACUGGACCAACACAGAGAAGAUGGAAAAGCGGCUGCACGCUGUUCCAGCAGCCAACACUGUCAAGUUCCGCUGUCCAGCUGGCGGGAAUCCAACCCCAACCAUGAGGUGGCUGAAAAAUGGGAAGGAAUUUAAGCAGGAACAUCGCAUUGGAGGCUACAAGGUCCGAAACCAGCACUGGAGCCUCAUCAUGGAGAGUGUGGUCCCAUCCGACAAAGGAAAUUACACCUGUGUGGUCGAGAAUGAAUACGGCUCCAUCAACCACACCUACAACCUCGAUGUUGUGGAGCGGUCACCUCACCGGCCCAUCCUGCAGGCUGGUCUGCCCGCCAAUGCCUCCACCGUGGUCGGCGGCGACGUGGAGUUUGUCUGCAAAGUUUACAGCGACGCCCAGCCCCACAUCCAGUGGAUCAAACACGUCGAAAAGAACGGCAGUAAAUACGGACCCGACGGGCUGCCCUACCUCAAGGUCCUCAAGCACUCGGGGAUAAAUAGCUCCAAUGCCGAAGUGCUGGCUCUUUUCAAUGUGACUGAGGCUGACGCUGGGGAGUAUAUAUGUAAGGUCUCCAAUUAUAUAGGGCAGGCCAACCAGUCGGCCUGGCUCACUGUCCUGCCAAAACAGCAAGCUCCCCCAAGAGAAAAGGAAAUCACGGCCUCCCCAGACUACCUGGAGAUAGCCAUUUACUGCAUAGGGGUCUUCUUAAUCGCCUGCAUGGUGGUGACUGUCAUCCUGUGCCGCAUGAAGGCCACGACCAAGAAGCCGGACUUCAGCAGCCAGCCGGCUGUGCACAAGCUGACCAAGCGCAUCCCCCUGCGGAGACAGGUAACAGUUUCUGCUGAGUCCAGCUCCUCCAUGAACUCCAACACCCCCCUGGUGAGGAUAACAACACGCCUCUCCUCAACAGCAGACACCCCCAUGCUGGCUGGGGUCUCUGAGUACGAACUGCCAGAAGACCCAAAGUGGGAGUUCCCGAGAGAUAAGCUGACGCUGGGCAAACCCCUGGGGGAAGGUUGCUUUGGGCAAGUGGUCAUGGCUGAAGCGGUGGGAAUCGACAAAGAGAAGCCCAAGGAGGCCGUCACUGUGGCCGUGAAGAUGCUGAAAGAUGACGCCACGGAGAAAGACCUGUCAGAUCUAGUGUCCGAGAUGGAGAUGAUGAAGAUGAUUGGAAAACACAAAAAUAUCAUCAACCUCCUUGGAGCCUGUACUCAGGAUGGGCCUCUCUACGUCAUCGUUGAGUACGCCUCCAAAGGUAACCUCCGUGAGUACCUGCGAGCCCGGAGGCCUCCUGGCAUGGAGUAUUCCUACGACAUCAACCGUGUUCCUGAGGAGCAGAUGACCUUCAAGGACUUGGUGUCGUGUACCUACCAGCUGGCCAGAGGCAUGGAGUACCUGGCUUCCCAGAAAUGUAUUCAUCGAGACUUAGCAGCCAGAAAUGUCUUGGUGACUGAAAACAACGUGAUGAAAAUAGCGGACUUCGGGCUGGCCAGGGACAUCAACAACAUAGACUAUUACAAAAAGACCACAAAUGGGCGGCUUCCGGUCAAGUGGAUGGCUCCCGAGGCCCUUUUUGACAGGGUGUACACCCACCAGAGUGAUGUCUGGUCCUUUGGGGUGUUGAUGUGGGAGAUCUUCACCUUAGGGGGCUCUCCCUACCCAGGGAUUCCCGUGGAGGAACUUUUCAAGCUACUGAAGGAAGGACACAGGAUGGACAAGCCUGCCAACUGCACCAACGAGCUGUACAUGAUGAUGAGGGACUGCUGGCACGCGGUGCCCUCCCAGAGGCCCACCUUCAAGCAGCUGGUCGAAGACUUGGAUCGGAUUCUCACUCUCACAACCAACGAGGAGUACCUGGACCUCAGUCAGCCUCUCGAACAAUAUUCACCCAGUUACCCCGACACAAGGAGCUCUUGUUCUUCAGGAGAUGAUUCUGUUUUCUCUCCGGACCCCAUGCCUUACGAACCAUGCCUUCCUCAGUACCCACAGAUCAACGGCAGCGUCAAAACCUGAAUGGGCUUGGCCUCCUGUCCCCACACAGGACAGCACCAGGAAGCUAGCGACACUGAGCAGGGAGGUCAGGCCCCAGGGAGCUUGCCGCCUCCCUUGUAUAUAGGAAUCAGAGGAGUAAAUAAUGGGAAAGUAAUCGGCACACGUGUAGAGAAUUUAUACGGUUGGACACUCGUCAUGGUCACCGGGGGAAGAAUGUUUCCGGGGCAGUGGACUGCCGAGGGCCACUCUGUGCCCGUGACCACCGUGGGUGCUGGCUACGGACCAGCCGGACUCGAGGCGAACCUGUGUUCUGCCUUCCUUGUGAAUUUUGUAAUAAUUGGAGAAAAUAUAUGUCAGCACACACUUACAGAGCACAAUUGCAGUAUAUAGGUGCUGGAUGUAUGUAAAUAUAUUCAAAUUAUGUAUAAAUAUAUAUUAUAUAUUUACAAGGAAUUAUUUUUUGUAUUGAUUUUAAAUGGAUGUCCCAAUGCACCUAGAAAAUUGGUCUCUUUUUUUAAUAGUUAUUUGCUAAAUGCUGUUCUUACACAGAAUUUCUUAAUUUUCACCGAGCAGAGGUGGAAAAAUACUUUGCUUUCAGGGAAGAUGGUAUAACAUUAAUUUAUUAAUGAAUUGGUAAUAUACAAAACAAUUAAUCAUUUAUAGUUUUUUUUUGUAAUUUAAGUGGCAUUUCUAUGCAGGCAAUGCAUCGAACUAGUUAACCUAUUCUUGAACUUAACUAGUCAUCAGAUCCUUUGAAAAGAGAAAUAUUUACAGAAUAUGACUAAUUGGGGG